CUGGGGGGCAUAUUUGAAGUCACAGUUGGCCCAAGGCUAGUGGUCUGUUUUGGAGUGGGGAAAGAACAUUAAUUGGUUAGAAUUGAGAGCGGUUCGAUGGGCUGUCAAGAAAUUUAGAAACACCAUUCUACACACAUGUCCUAAUUUUAACGGAUAAUGUAGCCACCAAGGCUUACAUCAACAGGAAGGGUGGCACCAGAUCUAGGGCUUUAAUAUUAGAGGCUGAAUGUUUGGGCCUUUGGGCGGAGAGGAAUCUCCUGUCAAUCAGGGCAGAACACAUCUUGGGUGGAAAAUGUGCAAGCGGACUGGCUUAGCAGGGCCAAGAUUGACCCCUCAGAGUGGAGUAUUCCCCCUCUUUUAUUUCAGGAGCUGUCACAAUGGUUCGGACUACCAGUGGUGGACCCGUUCGCAUCUCCAACCAAUACCAAACUACCCAGGUUUUUCACCAGGUUCGCGACCCAGGGGGCAGAAGGGAUCAAUGCCCUCAGGAGCAGGUGGCCUCAGGGUCUCCUGUAUGCCUUCCCUCCUCUUCUGCUGCUUCCAGCGGUAGUCAGAAAGAUACUGGAGGAGGAGGAGGAGGAGGAGGUCAUACUUUUGGCUCCUUACUGGCCCAGGCGCCCCUGGUUUGCGGAUCUGGUGAAUCGCUCAUUCACCCAACCAUGGAGAAUCCCUCCUCACACGGUGUCUCUACACCAAGGAGAAAUAACCCACCCAGAGCCUCAGUGGUUCCAUCUGACCGCUUGGAGGUUCAGCGGAGCGCUCUGAGGAGACAAAAUAUAUCGGAUCGGGCCAUCCAUACCAUUCUAGCGGCUAGAAGGCCUUCAACCAACUGCAUCUAUCAAGCCACAUGGAACAUACUGGACUUUUCACAAGAGGGUCUUGACAAAGGCCUCUCAACAAACACCCUAUGCAGACAGGUGGCCGCCCUUUCUUCAGUAUUGUACAUACAUGGGAAGGGGUCUUUGUCUCAGAACCAAACCAUCCGGAGGUUUCUAAAAGGGGCCGCCAACCUUAGACCUCCUAUGGUUCACAGAUUCCCCACUUGGGAUCUUCCUAAGGUGUUAAGGGCCUUAAUGACUGAACCUUUUGAGCCACUCAGGUCCAUUAGCUUACACCUCCUAUCUCUCAAGGUAGCAUUUUUAGUAGCCAUCACUUCAGCUAGAAGGAUCUCAGAGAUGUCGGCCCUUUCAGUUAGGGAGGAUUUGUGUGUCUUCCAUCCAGAUAGAGUUGUUUUGCGGUUAGACCCAUCUUUCAUCCCUAAGAUUAAUUCUAGGUUCCACAGGGCUCAAGAGCUUAUUCUCCCAAAUUUCUGCCCCAAUCCUACCCAUAAUUUGGAACGGGCGUGGCACACCCUGGAUGUCCAUAGAGCCUUAAAGAUAUACAUGUGGAGGACACAUUCUAUCCGAAAGUCGGAGGCACUUUUUGUGUCCUUCCAGCCGGGCACAAUGGGGUUGAAGGUGUCUCCAUCGACAGUGGGCAGAUGGAUUAGGGCUUGCAUUGCUAAGGCUUAUCAGAGCAGGUCUCUUCCGAUGCCUCGAGGGGUGAUGGCUCACUCUACUAGAAGCGCGGCAACGAUGGCAACAUGGGCUACUCAAGCACCCAUUGAAGAGAUUUGUAGAGCGGCUACAUGGUCUUCACCGUCACCCUUCAUUUGGCAUUACCGCUUGGCUGCCUUUGCAUCAGUUGAUGCAGCUUUUAACAGGAGGGUUCUACAGAGCGUGCACGGGCAUCAAUGUGAGUAGGACCAGACUCAAUGCCCUCCCUGGGACCGGCCAGUUUUGGUAUGUCCCAAUCUAUCUGGACUCUCGGAGCCACGGAUAGGAAAAUGAACAUUGGCUUACCUGAAUGUUCAUUUUCUUCUGUGGCAUAUAGAGUCCAGCCCCACCCUGGUUUGUCUGGUCUGGGUGUGGGUUGGUGGGAGCAAUAAUGUAUGUUCUUUUUUAUCUCGCAACUCCAGAAUCACAUCUAGUCUGCCAAGUGCUUCAUCGAAAGCUGGGGCGUGGCCACAGCGCAGGGCAGACCCUCAGUUUUGAUGCAGACUUAGUCCACCAGAGCAGGAUCUGAUCUUACCCAAUCUAUCUGGACUCUCUAUGCCACAGAAGAAAAUGAACUUUCAGGUAAGCCAAUGUUCAUUUUCCUCAGCAUUGGAUAGAAACACCUUUUGUUUCAGAAGUUUUCAAAUUUGUGUCUUGCU